AUGAGCGACCAAAAGCUAAGAUUCAUGGUAUAUAGCCUCGGAAAAUCGGGCCUUAAGGUCUCCAAGAUUAUCUUAGGUACCAUGGGCUUUGGGAGCAAGGAGUGGCAGGAUUGGGUUCUCGAUGAAGAGGACUCCCUGCCUCUGAUCGAGCACGCGUAUAAGCGGGGUAUCAACACUUGGGAUACGGCCGACGUCUACUCUCACGGCCGCUCCGAGGAGGUUGUAGGCAAGGCAUUGAAGAAGUACAACAUCCCCCGUAACCGGGUGGUGAUCAUGACCAAGUGCUUCUUCGGCGUCGACGACGAGGGUGCCCAACCUCCUAUCUCCGCUUGUGCUCGCAAUGAUGGUGCCUGGGUCAACCGUACCGGUCUGUCACGCAAGCACAUUCUCGACGCAGUCGACGCUAGCGUCGAGCGCCUGGGUACGUAUAUCGAUGUGCUCCAGAUCCACCGUCUGGAUAGGGAGACUCCCCGUGAAGAAAUCAUGAAGGCACUCAACGACGUUGUUGAGAGUGGGAAGGUCCGCUACCUCGGAGCCAGCUCGAUGGCUGCUUGGGAGUUCCAGGCUCUGCAGAAUGUCGCUGAGCGUAACGGCUGGCACAAGUUCAUCUCGAUGCAGAACUACCACAACCUGCUUGACCGCGAAGAAGAGCGCGAAAUGAUCCCCUACUGUCUUGACAGUGGUGUCUCGCUUAUUCCUUGGUCCCCGAUGGCACGAGGUGUGCUGACCCGGCCGUGGGACUCGCGUGGGAGCGUGCGUGAGAACACUGAUGCUACUCUUAAGGGCGUGGUGCGUGGUCGUGAGAACGAGGCUGAUAAAAUCAUUGUUGGUCGCGUUGAGGAGCUGGCUGGCAAAAAGGGCGUGAGCAUGGCGCAGAUUGCUCUAGCAUGGUCGCUGAGCCAGCCUUCUGAGCAGCCUAUAGUUGGAUUGAGCAGCAUCAAGCGUAUUGAUGAAGCCGUGGCUAGUCUGCAGGUGAAGUUGACUCCUGAGGAUAUCAAAUAUCUGGAGGAGCCGUAUGUGCCUAAGGCUCAUAAUCCCAUGUAA